AUGGCCGCGCCAUCCCACAAACAAAAUUUGACCAUUCAAUCCAGCACGCCACCGGCACCGGCGACUGCUAGGCUUGAGAAGAGCCACCCGGGAGUGCGGCGAUCUACCCCGGAUUCCGAGGCCCUCGCUUCGUCGGAUGAUGAUGGAGACCAUGCAGGCGUCACACAGAAUAUGAUUUCGUCCCCAAUAAAGCCUCGACGUCGAACAUCAUGGCUCAACGAGGUUCCACUCUCAGUGCAAAGGAAACACUCUCUUCCUGGUGGCCCCCUCUCCUCUGCACCCUCUAACCCCACAAGCCCCGCGACUGAUCAAGCGCCUUGGGCUACAAAUCCCAGUCCGGGCAUCGGUGGUUCAUUCAACUGGAAUCAAUCCACAGGCAGUUCAUUCCCCUGGGGAACGGGUAUAUGGAACACGGAUUCCCGUAAGGAACCACCGUCACGUCUCGCAGAGAUGGUCCCUUCCCCGACCAUGACCAACCCCGCACCUUCUAUGGGUGAUGAAAUGCUCAGCCCAAUCACCCGCACCAUCUCCGGCGAAUCGGCCAUUCCAUUUUCCAUUCCGCUGCAUCCCACCCUUAAGACAUACCGUUCCCAGUCGUACUCCGUUGGACAAAUGGAUCCCGAGCAUCUCGGAAUGAUGGCCAAGGUUGGAGCUGGAGCUGGAGCUGGCAGUCAAUAUCCGAGCAGCCGUGCUCGAGCUCCCGGACAGACCUCAGUUAGCCAGCAACGUGGACAGCGGCCCAGUGUUCUGGGUGAAUUGGGACAUGACUCUGCCAUGCUUGGUCGUGUUCGCGAAGACGACGAUGGUGAUGAGAUUGUGAACAGUGCCGAGGGAGAUAGCUACUCAGCAAGCCAGGCCAGGCAAAUCGAACAGCUGGCGCGUGAAAACGCACUUCUCCGUCAAGCAGCAGCUGCAGGCCAACUAGACAGCCGAUACCGGGAUCGUGCACCCUCAUCUGCCUCGACAGGUGGUGCUCACCCACUUCAUCGUAUUCGAGGCGGUGUUCCCGAGGAAGAUCUCGCGGGCGAGGACCUUGGGGAAUUACGGGACAUUUCCGGUUAUGGACAAAUGCGCAGCAACGGCAGGCGACGAUUUUCUGAGCACUCGGCCAAUUUGGAACAACAGUUUUCCUCAUUUGCCACUCCUCCUUUGGAGAACCGGGCGCUGGAAAAUGUGCGCAAGGCUCAUUGGCAGACAUCGCUUGGUUUCGGGGGUAUUCCUGAAGCUCCUCAGAGCCGUCGCCACUCCUUUGCUGACAUCUCCCUGCGCCAUGACUCUGUUGGCUCGAUUGACUCCCACAAUACUGCUACACCUCGUGCUCUUGGAGAUCGGAAUGAUGGAUAUGGCAACGCCAGUGAUGGAUAUGGAAACGUCAACGACUUCCCCGGUGCCUUGCAGCAACAAUACUACGCCCGUGAGCAGACCUUGCGCGGCGAUGGAUCCUCUGGUAUUCCUGCAGCUCUCAACCAAUACGCGAUGUCCGGUGCCUAUGGUCGCCAACCCCCAGCGUUGUCUCAUGCCCACCAGAACCAGCUUCUCUACAUUGUCACAUUCAAAUGCCAUCGUGCGGACGUUUUCUACAUCCAAGAGGAUACUGGCCUCCAAGUCAAGGCUGGCGAUCUUGUGAUUGUGGAGGCAGACCGAGGAACAGAUCUGGGUACCGUGCAGCAUGCGAAUGUGUCUCUUCAAAGAGCACGGGAGCUUAAGCAGCAGUACGCUGAGGAGCACUACAAGUGGCUCAUGAUGUUCUCCCGCCAGGGUAUCCUUGAAGGUGGCUCUAGUGUAGCCAGCGCUGGCUCAAACGCUCGAGGCGCUGCCGAAGGAAUGGGCCCGCAUGCGCAUGGCGUUCAAGAGACAUCUACCGAGAUCAAGCCUAAGCUCAUCAAGCGCCUUGCUCAAAAUCAUGAGAUUUUGACGUUACGUGACAAGGAAGGAAAUGAGGCCAAAGCCAAACGUGUCUGCCUGCAAAAGGUUGCUGAACAUCGACUCAACAUGGAAAUCUUGGAUGCCGAGUUCCAGAUGGACUGGAAGAAACUUACAUUCUACUACUUCGCGGAUUCCUAUAUCAACUUCAACUCACUGGUCACGGAUCUGUUUAAAAUUUACAAGACCAGAAUUUGGAUGUCCGCCAUCAACCCUGCUUCAUUCGUGACGCCACCGCCUGCUGGCCUGCCUGGACCAAGUGGAAUGGCCAACCCACUAUACAGCCAAGAUGCGCCUCAUGGAGAUCGGCGUCACCAGCAGGAACGGCCUUACGGAGGACGAGAUGCAGAUGCUGGGCGCGAAAUGGCAAACCCCGUGGGCAUGCUCCGUACUGCCUUCACGGACACUUACCAACCAUUUGCCCCGUCAUCCCGGCAGGUCGAUGCAGGACAGCCGGACCCUUUCGCCCCAUACUCUCCCACUAGCUACGGAGCGUUGGAGACUGGUUUCUCCGACUACCCUCCUGGUAGUGGACCCAGCACCCGCAUUCACCCAGCACAGGGUGAAUGGGUUGGCCGGUUCCAAGGCCUUUCGCUCAACUCCUAA